AUGGGUCUCCUUACUCUGGUCGAAGACCGGCCAACGCCUCCUUCAGUCUACAACUGGCGGGUAUAUGUCCUCGCCCUCGUGGCAUCAUGCGGUUCCAACAUGAUUGGCUACACCAGUGCCUUCAUCGGCACCACAAUCACGCUCGAGUCUUUUAAGAAGGAAUUCGGCAUCGACACAAAGACUACCGAGGAAAGAAACCUGAUUAGUGAAAACAUUGUUUCGCUGUUCAUUGCCGGUGCUUUCUUCGGUGCACUUCUCACGUAUAUCCUUAGCCAUUGGGUUGGCCGCAAAUGGUGUUUGACUAUUGCUUCGGCCAUGUUCACCCUUGGAGCUGGUCUGCAGUGCGGUGCCAAUCACACUACUGGUCUCGGAAUUCUGUACGGUGGCCGUGUCAUUUCGGGGUUGGCUACCGGCAUUGCCUCCAACAUCGUCCCUAUCUACCUUUCAGAGUUGGCUCCACCAGCUAUCCGAGGACGCCUCGUCGGCCUGUACGAGCUAGGAUGGCAGAUCGGCGGCAUGGUGGGCUUCUGGAUAAACUAUGGUGUUGAGAAACACAUCCCGGAAAGCCACAAGCAAUGGCUUAUUCCAUUCGCCAUCCAAAUCAUCCCGUCCGGCCUGCUCUUCGCUGGCUCCUUAUGGAUCCGAGAAUCCCCUCGCUGGCUCUUCCUCAACGACCGCCGGAGACAAGCCAUGGACAACCUUUGCUGGAUUCGCCAAUUAACCCCCACCGAUAUCUACAUCACUGAAGAGGUGGCAGCUAUCGACCAGGCUCUUGAGGCGCAAAAGGCUGCUGGCGGAAUCGGCUUGUGGAAGCCCUUCCAGGCGCUCGUCAAGCGGUCCAAUAUGAUGUGGCGUCUCUUCCUGGGAUGUAUGCUCUUCUUCUGGCAGAACGGUUCGGGCAUCAACGCCAUCAACUACUAUUCGCCUACUAUCUUCUCUAGCAUCGGUGUCCAGCCCGAUACCGUCAAUGUCAUGACCGGCAUUUUCGGCGUCGUCAAGGCCAUCAUGACUUUCGUGUGGCUGCUUUUCCUCGUCGAUCAGCUUGGACGACGAAAGCUUCUGCUCAUCGGAGGUGUCACUGGUUCGAUAUGCAUGUGGGUUAUUGGCGCGUACGUUUACGUCGUCGAGCCCACCAAGAACCCCCAGGACCACUUGAGCGGCAGCGGCAUUGCUGCUAUCGUCUUCUUCUACUUGUGGACCGCUGUGUACACACCUACCUGGAACGGUACCCCGUGGGUCAUCAACUCCGAAUUCUUCGACCCCAACUUCCGUUCGCUGGCUCAAGCUACCACGACGGCAAGCAACUGGUUCUUCAACUUCCUGGUGUCGAGAUUCACUGAGCAGAUGUUUGCUGCCAUGGGUUACGGCGUGUAUAUGUUCUUCGCUGCCCUGUCUUUCCUUGCCUUCGUAUUCGCCUUCUUCCUCAUCCCCGAAACCAGCGGUAUUCCCCUCGAGAAGGUCGAGCGGCUGUUCAUGGUCAAGCCAAUCUGGGAAGCUAACAAGAUCCUCAAGGCUCAACUCAAGGAGGAGGAAGAGCAAUUCCGCCAUGAUGUCAAGGAAGGUCCAAUUCAUGACGAAAACCAGACUGACUCGACUGAUGAUCGCUAUCAAGCAUAA